AUGCUCCAAUCAAUUAACGACCUGUCAACUGCCAACGGUCAUAGUGCUAUACUAAGCACGCCUGACUAUGUUACAGACUGUGUUAUAGUUGGGACGGGACCGUCGGGAGGCUCGCUGGCAUCCUUUUUGGGAUCUUAUGGAAUCGAGGGAAUUAUGAUUGGCAAAUCAUCUACAACAGCCCAGACUCCACGUGCACAUAUCACAAACAUGGCAACUAUGGAGUGCAUGCGAGAUAUUGGCUUAGAGGAUGAAUGUCGCAACUCUGGCUUGGAUUGGUCUUACAUGACACACGUACACUGGAGCGAAUCAAUGACCGGCCAAGAAUACGCUCGCCUACCAGCUUGGGGCAAUGGCCCAAGCAAGACUCGGUACAAGGCUGCUAGCCCAUGUCCACCGAUGGAUCUUCCGCAGACUUUACUGGAGCCAAUAUUGAUCCGGAAGGCUGUAGAGUCUGGUUUCAUCGUCCGCUUCGAUACUGAAUUCGUUUCGUUUUCAGAAAACGAUCAUCAUGACAUCGUACAGGUAAAAGUGAGAGAUUUGGUCUUUAACAAAAAUUUGACAAUCCACUGCAAAUAUCUUUUUGGUUGUGACGGGUCUCACAGCCGCGUUUUGGAACAACUCAACAUCCCGAUUGUAGUUGGAAAAGGUGCCGGUAUAAAAGCAUGGGACCUACUGGUGCGAGUUGACUUGUCCCACCUAGUGAAAUUUCGGGAUGGAAGCCUUCGUUGGACAUUUCAAGAUGAUCAUAUCUGCCCGGGUAAACUUCUUAUUGUUCACCCUCGAAUGUACAAGCCUUGGACGGAAUGGGUUGUCGGGUUUUCCUGGGCUCCGGGCUCAGAGCCGGACUCAAAUGUCGUUCCAACACAUGAAGACUGGCUGAAGCGAUUGAGGAAAAUGAUCGGAGACGAAAAUGUGGAGCCGGAAAUUUUGGACAUUGUGAGGUGGGAAAUGAACAAUGCCAUUGCGGAGCGGUCGUCUCAAGGACGCGUCUUUUGUCUUGGGGAUGCAGUUCACCGGCAUGGUCCCGGUGGGGCCCUAGGGUCAAAUACUGCUAUACAGGAUGCGUAUAAUCUUGCGUGGAAGGUCGCAUAUGUAUUAAAAGGACAAGCUGGUCCUCAGUUACUUGAAACGUACUCUAUGGAGCGAAACCAGGUUGGAGCUCAAGCUGCUUCGAGUUCGAUGAAUGCCGUUCUUGCAAAUUUCACCAUUUUGGAAGCCUUAGGCGCCCAAGGAGGUACCAGUGUCAAAAGAAUGAAAGACCGACAAACAAAGUUUGCUGAAAACAGCGAGGAGGGCAAGGGGCUACGCGCAAAACUGCGAAAGGCGCUCGAGGAUUCUAAAUUUGGAAUCGAAGGGCUUGGUAAUGAGAUGAACCAACAUUAUCAAUCUAGCGCUGUCUGGAAUCAAAAUGAGAAUAAGCGACCGGAAAUGCUAGAGCCGCGAUUAAACUACUACAAAACCACAUGUCCGGGAUUUCGGCUUCCACAUGCAUGGCUGAAUACGACCAUUCCUUCAACCCCGAUUUCCACUAUUGAUCUUGCUGGGCACGGACGUUUUACCAUCUUCACCGGAAUUGGAGGGGAGAAGUGGAAGAUAUCUGCGCAACGGGUGAAAACUAUCCUCGGGUUAGAUAUUGCAGUGUUCUCAGUUGGGCAUGGUCAGGACUAUGAAGAUCCUUACUUUGAAUGGGAGGAUUUUCGAGAGAUAGAUGAGUCCGGUGCUAUCCUAGUCCGACCUGACCGCUUCGUAACAUGGCGCAGCAAAAUGGUCAAGGUUGACUGCGAAGCCACGCUUUUAGCGGUGUUUAGAAGAAUUUUGUCACUUUAG